GUGAUGCGGCAGGGAGGGAGAAGCUCUCCCUCCGCCUUCGUGCAGCACCAGUGAGACUGGGAUGCGGUUUUUGCCGCGGCGUCGGUCUCUCAGCGUGAGCCUGUUCUGACACCAGGAGGAGGAAACAUAUUAGCCGCUCUCUGCUGGAGGUAACGCUCGGGAGGCAGAGAGCCAUGGCAGGCGCUAAACUGACGCCCUCUCCCUCGGAGAUCGACCCAGACGUCAAAACCGAGGCGCAGAAAACCCCCGAGCCCACCUGGGUCAACCCCUCCAGCCCUAUCCGGACCAUGGGCUCUUUCGGGAGCGAUGCCGGCCAAAGGUAUCAAGAGGAGUACAGUAUGGACUCAACCAAUGCCCAGGUGCAGGUGGAGUUCUAUGUGAACGAAAACACGUUCAAAGAGAGGCUGAAGCUUUUCUUCAUCAAAAACCAAAGGUCAAGCCUGAGAAUCCGCCUGUUCAACUUCUCACUGAAGAUCCUCACCUGCGUCCUCUACAUACUGAGAGUCAGUCUGGAUAACCCCAAGGAGGCCAAUGACCCCUGUGCAAUAUGUCGGAACAACAAUACAGCGGACUCGUCAGAAAUCGACUGGUCGUUGAUUUUCUGGGUUACCAGAAGUGACCCUUUAUGGGCGAUACAGGUGACGGUGGCCUUAAUUAGUUUCUUGGAGACCGUGCUUAUCACAUAUCUCAGCUACAAGGGGAACAUUUGGGAGCAGAUCUUCCAGAUAUCCUUCAUAUUGGAGAUGAUCAAUUCAGUGCCAUUUAUAAUCACAAUCUUCUGGGCUCCAUUGAGAGAGAUUUUCGUCCCUGUAUUUCUCAACUGCUGGCUAGCCAAAGGUGCCCUGGAGAACAUGAUCAAUGACUUCCAUCGUGCCAUCCAGAGGACCCACUCUGCCAUGUUCAACCAGGUGUUCAUCCUCAUCUGCACCUUACUGUGUCUCGUUUUCACCGGAGCUUGUGGGAUCCAGCAUCUAGAGAGAGCCGGGAAGCACCUGACCCUGUUUGACUCGUUCUAUUUCUGCAUCGUCACUUUCUCCACUGUGGGCUACGGGGAUGUCACGCCACAAAUCUGGCCUUCGCAGCUGCUGGUGGUCAUUCUCAUCUGUGUUGCCCUGGUGGUGCUCCCAUUGCAGUUUGAAGAACUAGCAUACCUGUGGAUGGAGAGCCAGAAGUUAGGAGGGAACUACAGCCGCCACCGGGCGCAGACAGAGAAGCAUGUGGUCUUGUGUGUCAGCUCGCUGAAAAUUGACCUGCUGAUGGAUUUCCUCAACGAGUUCUACGCUCAUCCCAGACUACAGGACUACUAUGUGGUGAUCCUGUGUCCAACGGAGAUAGACAUUCAAGUUCGUCGUAUCCUCCAAAUCCCUCUGUGGUCGCAGAGGGUCAUCUACCUACAAGGAUCUGCCCUGAAAGACCAGGACCUGAUGAGGGCCAAGAUGGACGAUGCUGAGGCCUGCUUCAUCCUCAGCAGCAGGAACGAGGUCGACCGCACUGCUGCUGAUCACCAGACUAUUUUGAGGGCUUGGGCUGCGAAAGAUUUUGCUCCAAAUUGCCCUCUCUACGUCCAAAUUCUCAAACCAGAAAAUAAAUUCCAUGUCAAGUUUGCAGAUCAUGUUGUAUGUGAAGAGGAGUUUAAGUAUGCCAUGCUGGCGCUGAACUGCGUGUGUCCCGCCACGUCUACCUUAGUCACCCUGCUGGUCCACACCUCCAGAGGACAGGAGGGUCAGUUGUCACCGGAGCAGUGGCAGAGGGUGUAUGGACGCUGCUCUGGAAACGAGGUCUACCACAUCCGCUUGUGUGACAGCAAGUUUUUUGGGGAAUAUGAUGGAAAGAGCUUCACCUACGCCUCCUUCCACGCCCACAAGAAGUAUGGUGUGUGUUUGAUCGGAGUGAAGAGGGAGGACAACAAGAGCAUCCUCCUGAACCCCGGCCCCCGCCACAUCAUGGCUGCCCCAGACACCUGCUACUACAUCAACAUCACCAAGGAGGAGAACUCGGCCUUCAUAUUUAAACAGGAGGAGAAGCACAACAAGGGCAUGCCCGUCACCGGCCUCUACGACGCCCCCUCCAGGCUGCCUGUGCACAGCAUCAUCGCCAGCAUGGGCACAGUAGCCAUAGAUCUCCAGAACCCCGACCCUCCGGAGGAAAGCGGCAAGCUCACCUUGCCGACGGAGAACGGCUCCGGAAGCCGCCGGCCGAGCAUCGCGCCCGUCUUAGAGAUCGCCGACUCCUCCGCCAUCCUGCCCUGCGACCUCCUCAGCGACCAAUCAGAGGAUGAGACCAACCAGUCAGACGAGGAGGGCUCUGUCGGGUCAGAUUUUGUGAAGGGCUACCCUCCCAAUUCGCCCUACAUCGGCAGCUCUCCGACUCUGUGCCACCUCCUGCCACAGAAAGCUCCAUUCUGCUGCCUUCGCCUCGACAAGGGCUGCAUGCAUAGCAGCUUUGAGGAUGCCAAAGCAUACGGCUUCAAGAACAAGCUGAUUAUAGUGUCUGCAGAGACGGCGGGAAACGGUCUCUACAACUUCAUUGUCCCUCUGCGCGCUUACUAUCGACCCAGAAAGGAGCUCAACCCCAUAGUGCUGCUGCUGGACUACCCGCCAGACAACCACUUCUUAGAAGCCAUUUGCUGCUUUCCAAUGGUUUACUUCAUGGCUGGCACCAUCGAUAAUCUGGACAAUCUGCUCCAGUGUGGUAUAAUCUACGCCGACAACUUGGUGGUAGUGGACAAGGAGAGCACCAUGAGCGCUGAGGAGGACUACAUGGCCGACGCCAAGACCAUCGUCAACGUCCAGACUAUGUUCAGGCUGUUCCCCAGUCUCAGCAUCAUCACCGAGCUCACACACCCGUCCAACAUGAGGUUCAUGCAGUUCAGAGCCAAGGACUGCUACUCCCUCGCUCUCUCCAAACUGGAGAAGAUCGAGCGUGAUAAGGGCUCCAACCUGGCCUUCAUGUUCCGGCUGCCGUUUGCUGCAGGCCGAGUGUUCAGCAUCAGCAUGUUAGAUACGCUGCUUUACCAGUCGUUUGUUAAAGACUAUAUGAUCGCUAUAGCGAGGCUUCUUCUCGGGCUGGACACCACGCCUGGCUCUGGGUACCUGUGUGCCAUGAAGAUCACAGAGGAGGACCUGUGGAUCAGGACUUACGGCAGACUCUUCCAGAAGCUUUGUUCCUCCAGCGCUGAGAUCCCCAUAGGGAUCUACCGCACCGAGGCGCACAUGUUCUCCACCUCAGAGGGAAAGGACAGUUACGCACAGUCUCAGGUGUCCAUCAACGUGCAGCAGGGCGAGGAGCAUCGUGAGCGCGGAGAGUCCUGGAAGGAGAAGAAGGCGCACAGGAACUCCACCACGAGCGACCAAUCGGAGCACCCGCUGCUGAGGAAGAAGAGCAUGCAGUGGGCGCGUCGGCUGAGCAGGAAGAGCGCCAAACCGUCCAGCAGAGUGGAGCGAAUCUCACAGCAGAGACUCAACCUGUACCGACGCUCCGAGCGCCAGGAGCUGUCGGAGUUGGUCAAGAAUCGCAUGAAGCACCUGGGCCUGCCCACCGUGGGAUACGAGGAUGUUUCUAAUCUCACUGCGAGCGAUGUCAUGAAUCGAGUAAAUCUAGGAUAUUUGCAAGACGAGAUGAACGACCACCAGAACACGCUGUCCUACGUCCUCAUCAACCCUCCUCCCGACACCGUGCUGGAGCUCAACGACGUCGUGUACAUUAUCCGGUCCGACCCGCUGGCGCACAUGCCGGAGGACUCCCAGGUGGGGCAGGCCCACAGGAACCAGCAGGACUUUGGCACAGAGACCAGAGACGAGACUCACCUCUGAAACCCCCUCAGUCCUUCACACCCUGACACCUUAACCUCGAAGCCCCGCCCGGGCCGACGGAGCAUGUAUGUCUCGCGCAGAUGAAGGCUCGUCUCGGGCCAAGAACAGCCGUUCAUAGUGAAUUCACAUUAUGUGUCUCUCAGCCUCAGUUCAGAAAAUAAUCAACAUUAUAAAAAGAUGAGAAACCUGCAGUUUCCCACUGAGCUGCUACAGGAGGAUGCAUGAAGAGUGCCUCGUCAUCGACCCCCCUCGCACACCUUCAGUACUCACACACACGUCUCCCUCGCACCAGGCACAGCAAACGGCUCCCUCCUUCCAACCAAAGGACUCAAGAGAUUUGACGGAUGUUGUGAGAGGUCUUUGGACAGUCACAGGAGUUUUUCUUGCACACACUGUACAGGAUAUCAAAUCAUUUCGCUCAGGGGUCAAGUUGCCCUUGUGCCGACUUCCUCUACACCUGUUUCUGCCUAAACCCACAAAGAAGCGAAUCUGGGGGCAACUGCAUCCUCCACCACAUCUUAACAAUCAUGUUUUCUACAAGUAAAUGCUCUGAAUUUCUAUCGAUUCAAACAUUUACCAUGAAAUUAUAGUACAUGUGCACUUUUCUUCAUUUAUUACAAUUAAUUUAGUCUGUUUCUAAUCAAGACAGUAUUCCCAUUUUCUUUAUGAGCACAAACUUUUUUAAGAAAUCCGUGAGUAUUCACACUGUAGGGGCACUUUUAUUCGCCAUAUUAGAAUCGUCACCGUUUCUCUUUGUUGUGUUGUUUUGGACACAGAUUUUUGUUGUGCUUAUUGUUAAAGAAUGAAUAUUGUUAAUUUAUUUCACUAUUUUAAGUGUCCCAUAUGAUGUCUGCUAUACAGUAUGUGCCAUUCUUUGGUUUACUCUUUCUUUGUAAAUAUCUUGAUGAGUUGUACAUUUUGCAUCUGUUUUAUGAUAUCAGUGUUUUUCAUUUUAGAGCCUGACCAAUUGUAUCAGCUGGUUUUAGUUUAUGAAAGAUGAAAAGGCCAUGGUGGCUAUUUUAACAAAUUAAUUAACCGUGUAUAUUUCAGGUUUGCCCACAUCUUCUGCUUCAUUAAUUCUAUUUAAAGUUCUAUUUUUCUUAGCUAAACAUAAGCAUAUCCAUGUUUUAUUUAUAGUGGUAGUGUUGUGUUUUUGUGUCUCACUCGGUACAUAUCUUGGGCACAACUCUUUCAUAAUCAGAUUUAGAAGAAAUAGUUAAAAAUCUUGGGAAACAAGCUAGUUAGCUAUUUUCCACAGAUAUUUGAGUGGUGCCAAGCUUCUGAUAUAACUGUUUGAUAAAUAUAAAGCUGGAGCCAGCAGGCGCUUAGCUUAGCAUAACGGCUGCGCUAAUUGAAGCAGGAGGGAAACAGCUAGCAUCACCUAGUGACACUUAGUUUAAGGUGCUGUGAUUUAGGGCAAACCAUGCUAGCUGUUUCCCUCUGCUUCCAGUGUUUAGGCUAAGCUACGCUAACAGUCUCCUGGCUGUGACUUCUUAAUUAACGUACAAACAUGAGUGGCAUCAAUUUUCUCAUCUAACUAAAAGUUAGAAAGUCUAAACUCCAAAUUGUUGAACUAUUACUUAAAGCUGUCAUUAAAAAUAAUAAUUAAAAAAAAAAAAAUAUUGGCCAAUAUAAUGUGCUUUAACCUCAUAAAUCCAGUAUCGAUCAGGCUCUUUUUAUUAAUUUCAUUUUGUUGAUGGUGAAUAUUCAUUUGUUGUGAUCCUCCAGUUUCAUAAUUAUGUAACGUUUCAGUUCAACUGGUAGCAGAAUUGUUUUGCACAGACGGCGACCGGCACAGUCGAGUCAAUCGACUGUCCUGUAAUCUGUUUCUAAAUCUAUUUGGAACGAACUUGAUCUGAAAAACAAAGUGCUCUCCUCUCCAAAUUGUACAGGCCACACCUUGUAUAAGGCAGUGUCAGCUUGCAGUAUUUAAACUCCACUUAUUUGCGUUUCGUUCUCUGUAAAUAGUAACUUUAUAUAUUCAUUGUUUGCCAUUUUGUUUCGGUCUCGUGUGUGAUAAAAGUGAUAGAGGACUUGAACUAUUUUUGCACUAAGCUCUGCAGGGACGUGUAGAGCAUUAAAGCAUGACCCUUUAAUCUGAAUCUGUACGACAUCAGUGGACAGUAUUCAAGCAUUCCUGUGAAGCAAGUCAAACGUGCAGUUACACAUCAUGCAUUUUGUUUUGAUUUACCUUGCAGGUGUUUGAAAAGCGUAUUGUAGUGAGUGCCAUUGUUAUUUAUGUGUUAAAGAAGUGAUGGUGAUGAAGUAAUCUCAGAUGGAUUUGUUUUCUCUGAGAUCUGCCAAUGUUUUUUCUGAGAAAUCAGCAUAAGCUAUUUUUAUUUUGAACAGUAUGUGUUUUGCAAUGAGUCCCGUUGAAAUGUACUGUUGAUCUUUGCUCAACGGGCCCCUCAGAAGUGUCAGUUUACAGGACAGGGGAGCGGAGGAGUGAACGCGUGAGCGACCGCAAUGGAAGAUACGAUCGGUGUGCUGAUCCAUUCAUUAAAACGUCUUCCUCGGUCCUCACUCCUGACAACUCUUAACACUCCACUUCAGCUCUCCUACUGUCCAUACUUACAAAUACCACAAGGGGCAUGCAAACACUAAACAGCAUGUUUUGAUAUACAAGCUUGCCAAGAACAAUACAUUUUGUACAUUUAGCGGGACAUUCAAUGGGACGUCCCACAGCUAGAGAAACCCAUAAUCCAGUCAACUGCUUGCAAGUUGGAGCCAUUAUUUGAUACUGUGUAUUUAUAUGAAUGGAACAUGCAUGUUGUGUCCAGGUGUUAUCAAGAAGCCUACGUAUUAUGUUUACCUCCACUUUAUGUUUUCAAGUCGUUGUCAAAAAGGGGUUGAUCCAUUUUGUACUAUUUCUUAUGAGAAGCGAGUGUAUAAAACAUGAACAAAUAAAUGCUGCAUGCAGCCAGAUACAA